AUGCACCAAACCACACUGUACCAUAUCACACUACACCACAUUGUACCACACCACACCACAACACCACAUCACUCUGUACCACACUAUAUCACGCAACACCACACCACUCUCCACCACACUUAUCUACACCACACUGCCUCACACCACUCCAUGCCCUUCCACAACACACCACACCACAAUGCACCACACCACACAACACUGCUUCACUCUGCACCACACAACACUGUAUCACACCACGCCAUACCACACUGCAUCACAGCACACCACAAUUCACCACACUGCACCACACCACACCACCCUGCGUCACACCACACCACAUUCCAUCACACUACACCAUCCCACACCACACCAAAUCACACUUUACCACACCACACUGCACUGCAGCACACUACACUUCACCAACACACCACACCAGACCACACCACACCACACCACACCACACAACACCACACCACACUGUGUCACGCCACAUCACAUCACACUACAGUACACCACGCCUCACCACAUCACACCACACCACACCACACUGCACAACAUCACACAACACCACAAUGUAAUGCACAAACCACACCACACUGA